GCGGGCUCUGAGCACGGCAACAAGGAAACAACCUGAGGAGCGUACGGAGAAGAAUCCUGGACAUGGAGCGAAACACCGGAGAAGAAGGAGGAUGUGAAGACCGGCAUCCUUAAAAUCCUAUGGCUGUCUCUGCCUUCAACAGAGCAAGCUCCCUAGAAGGCGAAGAGGGUUGUCUUCCCAAAGAAAUGGUGCGAUGGGGGAAGGGGACAGUCGGAGGCGCUGGCGCAGGAUGGAGAGUCCCCUUAUUGAGAGGGACUGGAAAUUGGAAGUUGCGCAAAGGCUCUAGGAGCUGCUGCCGCAGUUCUCUGUGGACUGAUAGAAGGAACUAGUGCAAUCGAGCCUGGUAUGGACUUGUUGUCCGGGACGUAUAUAUUUGCGGUCCUGUUAGCAUGCGUCGUAUUUCAGUCUGGCGCCCAGGAGAAGAACUACACUAUCCGGGAAGAAAUGCCAGAAAACGUCCUAAUAGGCGACUUGCUGAAAGACCUCAACUUGUCGCUAAUUCCAGACAGGUCCCUAACAACUCCUAUGCAGUUCAAGCUAGUAUACAAGACUGGGGAUGUGCCACUGAUUCGAAUUGAAGAGGGUACUGGUGAGAUCUUCACUACUGGAGCUCGCAUUGAUCGUGAGAAAUUAUGUGCUGGUAUCGUGGUGGAUGCUCGUUGCUUUUAUGAGGUGGAGGUCGCCGUUCUGCCUGAUGAAAUAUUUAGACUGGUUAAGAUACGUUUUCUGAUAGAAGAUAUAAAUGAUAAUGCACCUUUAUUCCCAGCAACAGUUAUCAACAUAUCAAUUCCAGAGAACUCGGCUAUAAAUUCUCGGUAUGCUCUCCCAGCGGCCAUUGAUCCUGACACAGGAAUAAACGGAGUUCAAAACUAUCAUCUAAUUAAGGGUCAAAGUAUUUUUGGGCUUGAUGUCAUUGAAACACCAGAAGGAGAGAAGAUGCCACAGCUGAUAGUUCAAAAGGAGUUAGACAGGGAAGAGAAAGAUACAUAUGUAAUGAAAGUAAAGGUUGAAGAUGGUGGCUUUCCUCAAAGAUCCAGUACUGCUAUUUUGCAAGUAAGUGUUGCUGAUACAAACGAUAACCGCCCAGUCUUCAAGGAGAAUGAAAUUGAAGUCAGUAUACCAGAAAAUGCUCCUGUAGGUUCUUCAGUGACACAGCUCCAUGCCACAGAUGCCGACAUAGGUGAAAAUGCCAAGAUUCACUUCUAUUUCAGCAAUCUAAUCUCCAACAUGGCCAAAAAGCUGUUCUACCUCAACUCCACUACUGGACUUAUAACAAUCAAAGAACCACUGGAUAGGGAGGAAUCACCAAAUCACAAAUUACUUGUUUUAGCGAGUGAUGGUGGAUUGACGCCAGCAAGAGCAAUGGUGCUAGUCAAUGUUACAGAUAUCAAUGAUAAUAUCCCAUCAAUUGACAUAAGAUACAUCAUCAAUCCCAUCAAUGGCACUGUGGUUCUUUCAGAAAACGCUCCACUCAACACCAAAAUUGCUCUCAUAACUGUGACAGAUAAGGAUGCUGACCAUAAUGGUAGGGUGUCAUGCUUUACAGACCAUGAGGUCCCUUUCAGAUUAAGGCCAGUAUUCAGUAAUCAGUUCCUUCUAGAGACUGCUGCAUAUCUUGAUUAUGAGUCCACAAGAGAAUAUGCCAUUAAAUUACUGGCUGCAGAUGCUGGCAAACCUCCUUUGAAUCAGUCAUCCAUGCUCCUCAUCAAAGUAAAAGAUGAAAAUGACAAUGCUCCAGUUUUCACUCAGCCUUUCCUAAGUCUUUCUGUUCCUGAGAAUAACUCUCCUGGCACCCAAUUGACAAAAAUAAGUGCAAUGGAUGCAGACAGUGGGCGUAAUGCUGAGAUAAAUUACCUGCUAGGCUUUGAUGCUCCAUCUGAAUUCAACUUGGAUCAUCGUACAGGCAUUCUGACCGCAGUGAAGAAACUGGAUAGAGAAAAACAGGAAAAAUAUUCAUUCACAGUUCUAGCAAAAGAUAAUGGGAUGCCACCUUUAAUGACCAAUGCCACGGUCCUUGUGACUGUUCUUGAUCAGAAUGACAACAGUCCAGUUUUCACGCACAAUGAGUACAACUUCUAUGUUCCAGAAAACCUUCCAAGACAUGGCACAGUAGGACUAAUCACAGUAACUGAUCCUGAUUAUGGAGAAAAUUCUGCAGUCAUUCUCUCCAUUUUAGAUGCAAAUGAUGACUUCACCAUUGAUCCACAAACUGGUGUCAUCCGACCAAAUAUCUCAUUUGAUAGAGAAAAACAGGAAUCUUAUACUUUCUAUGUAAAAGCUGAGGAUGGUGGUAGGAUAUCACGUUCUUCAACUGCCAAAGUCACCAUAAAUGUGGUUGAUGUUAAUGACAACAAACCAGUUUUUGUUGUCCCUUCUUCCAACUACUCUUUUGAACUGGUUCCACCAUCCACUAAUCCAGGUACAGUGGUCUUCACAGUAGUUGCUGUUGACAAUGACACUGGCAUGAAUGCAGAGCUUCGUUAUAGCAUGGUAGGAGGAAACACAAAAGGUCUAUUUAUAAUUGACCAAACUUCAGGCAACAUUACACUGAAGGAGAAAUGUGUCUUUGCAGACCUUGGUUUACACAGAUUGGUAGUCAAAGCUAAGGACUUAGGACAACCUGAUUCUCUCUUCAAUGUUGUAAAUGUUAAUCUAUUUGUGAAUGAGUCAGUGACCAAUGCUACACUGAUUUAUGAAUUGGUGCGCAAAAACAUUGAAACACCAGUGACCCAAAAUAUUGAGACAACUGAUGCAUCCUCACCAUCCAGUGACUAUGUCAAGAUCGUGGUUGCCAUUGUGGCUGGCACCAUAACUGUCAUCCUUGUUAUUUUCAUCACUGCUGUAGUAAGAUGCCGGCAAUCACCACACCUUAAGGCUGCUCAGAAAAACAAGCAGAAUUCUGAAUGGGUUACUCCAAACCCAGAAAACAGGCAGAUGAUAAUGAUGAAGAAAAAGAAGAAGAAGAAGAAGAAGCAUGCACCUAAGAACUUGCUGCUUAACUUUGUCACUAUCGAAGAAGCUAAGGCGGAUGAUGCUGACAACAAUAGAAGCAGCGUCACACUAGACCUUCCCAUUGAGCUGGAAGAGCAAACCAUGGGCAAGUACAACUGGGGCACUACACCUACUACUUUCAAGCCUGACAGCCCCGAUUUGGCCCGGCACUACAAAUCUGCCUCUCCACAGCCUACCUUCCAGAUCCAGCCAGAAACUCCUCUGAAUUCGAAGCACCACAUCAUCCAGGAACUGCCUCUUGAUAACACCUUCGUGGGCUGUGAUUCCAUCUCCAAGUGUUCCUCCAGCAGUUCUGAUCCCUACAGUGUUUCUGAGUGCAGCUAUCCAGUGACAACUUUCAAGACCCCUGUGUCUGUGCACACCAGACCGACUGAUUCCAGGACACCAACUAUUGAAAUCUACAGUGAGAUAUAACUUUCUAGGAACAACAUAAUUCCAUUCUCCUUCCAAAAAAUUCCAAUGAUUUGUGAUUUCAAAAUUUGGCUAAGAUCAUUAAUUUCGUAACCUGAAUUUCCCACUAUAAAGGCAAGCAAAACAAAAACCACCUUAAAAAUUUUGUCCCACUGAGCCUUGUGCUCAUUUUAGCUAUAAUCUUGCAAUGGAAAUUUAAAAUUUGCGGAAGAAACAGUGCAGUAUAAUAAAAGAAUUUUAUCAUGCUGUGUCUCCAUUUGCUUGCUCUGAAUGUCAAUGAGUGUGAUAUAAUGUGUCUUGGUGUACAAAAUGAUGGUUAAUAUAUCAAUCACAAAACAUGGAAUUACUUGCCCUGUCUGAUUGCUGAAGAAUUUAAAGAUCAUCUCUGGGAGUUUGGAAGUGAAGCUGAACUAUCCAAGCUACCCUCUGAAAGGUAUC